CAUUUUUACUAAAUAAAAUUAUAAAUAAAAAAUACUUUAAUUUGUUGUUACUUUUUUUAAAGUGAGGAUAUAUAAUGUUGCUUUAAUAGUAAAUUACUAAAAAUAGUAUGACUUGUUUUCCUGAUAACUAUUGCAUCAUUUUCAUGUGUGCUUUUUGUUAGGAGUAGCCUAUAAGUAGUUAGUAGUUAGUGGCUUGGCACCAAUUCUGUUAUCUGAGUUAUCAAUCAGUUAAGAAUGUAGUUAGCAAUAUGAUGAGCUGGCAUCAGUUUGUUACAGUCUCACUAUGCAUAAAUAGCAUAUCACAGCUCAGUUUAGAAAUCACUUUUGUAAUCCCAAUUUCAAGAACUCUCUCUCAAAUUCUGGAAUUCUCUAUGACUUUCACAACACUCUAACAUCUUCUUCUACUUCGUUCUGUUUUUCAUCUGGUUCUCUGAUACCUUUCAUGGUAUCAGAGCAUCCGGUUCUGAUCCAUGGACGACACCAGUGUCACCGUCACUUCCGCAGCAGCCUCCGCAACAACAACAAACAACGCAGUUCGCACAUCUAUCAACACUGUAGCCUUGAAGCUAGAUGAGAAUAAUUUCAUUCCAUGGAAGCGCCAAGCCCUUGCGUUCAUCAAAUCCAACGGUCUCAAGGAUCACCUGAACCAGAAGAAAAUUCCAUGCCGAUACGCCUCUGAAGAAGACAGAAUUGCAGAUAAUGAAACGCAAAAAUUUCUGGAAUGGGAGCAAGACGAUCAAUUUCUGAUUUCGUGGUUCUUUGCAUCGAUUGAUCCAGCCUUUUCAAGUCAGGUAACAAACUGUGAGUAUGCGUAUGAAAUCUGGAAUAACCUAGAGGAGUAUUUUGCAAAAAGGUUGAAGUCGAAGGUGAAACAACUAAAGGCACAAAUCAAAACUGUGAAACUACAAGGAUCUGCAACCGAAUACAUGUCUAGGCUCAAGAAAAUCACAAACGCUCUCUCUACCCUAGGAUCACCACUUUUCAGUGAAGAAUUUGUGGAUGCAAUUACUCAGGGACUCAACGAAGACUAUAGCACGUUUAUCAUGAUGAUCUCAGCCAAAGCUGAAAGUGUCACUGAAAGCGAAGUUGAAGCUCAACUCCUAAGCCAGGAAGAACUAGUCGAGAGGUUCAAGAAAAUAGAACUUGGCACUAUCCAGGUCAACCUAACUCAAGGAGGAGAAAGUCACUCACAAGUAAGAUCUCAACACUAUCAGCAUAAAGAUCAGUCACCAAUGUCGUACAACAGCCAAUACAACAAUUCACAAUCUUACACCAACAGCUACAAUCAAGGUAGAGGUCAACCCUUUUAAUCCAGAGGAAGAUUCAG